AUGUUGUUACGUACACAAAUGGGGGGUCUCGAGUUCUACGACGCAGUGCUCAACAACGACUUGCAGCAGCUCAAGCGGCUCGUCGCCCAGCACAAGCUCGACCUCAACGGAAAGUUUCUCGAGGUAAGACGUAAGAACGACGCCGGGCUGUGCCCCAUCCACCUGGCGUCGUACAGGGGCCACACCUACAUGUUGCAAUAUCUGAUUGAGGCGAAGUGUGACGUCAACCACACGACGGGGACGCUACGACGAACAGCCCUGCAUUUCGCCGUCCAGAGCCACAAGAUGGCGUGCAUGCUGUUGCUUAUAGGAGCAGGAGCCAAACUGGACGCCAAGGACACCUUCGGCAACUCCCCGUGCCAUUACGCGGCGGACGACGGCUACUGCCAGAUCCUCGACGUGCUCAUCCGACGCGGGGUCAACGUCAACAGCCAGGACAUCACGUCGAAAACACCGCUCAUGAAAGCCGUGAGAAACAACAAAACGGACGCCGUGCUGCGUUUGCUGAGAGCCAGCGCAGAUCUCAAUAUAACGGAUAGAAACUGCGACAUGGCCUUGCACUACGCGGCCAGAAACGGAUGUGUUGACAUUAGUGAUAUUUUGCUGUCCGCCGGAAGUUUGAUCAACGUUCAGAACUAUUGGGGCAGGAGUCCCCUCAUGGAGGCGGUCUGCUACAACCACAAGGAAGUCGUCCAGCUUCUGCUCGGCGCCAGCUGCGACGUGAAUCGCAGGGAGUUCAAAACGGGCGACACCGCCUUGCACAUCGCCAUCAAACGUAACUACACGCGGGUCGUGGAGCUUCUCCUGGCGGCCGGAAGUCGACACGACGUCUACAAUCACCAGGGAGAGACGGCGGUGCACGACGCCGUUGCCGGGAACAAGAUGGACAUCACGUGGCUGCUCCUCGUCUACAACGUUGACCUGGACGUUCCGGUCAAGUAUUUCCCCAACGGGAUCUAUAAAUCGGUGUUCAAGUUGGCCGCAGAGCGGGGCCAUUAUAAACUGUGCCGGCUCCUGGCGACCAUCGGCUAUCUGGACUACUCGGCAAGGAUGUACUUUUACGCUGGGUAUGUCCAGGCCAGGCCAGGCGAGCAGGACGAGGCGCUGCUGUGGCUGAGGACUGCCAUGAAGAGAGUGGUCCCCCUUCAGCAGCUGUGUAGAAAGGUCAUCCGGCGCCACGCAGGUCAUAACCUCUGGGAGAAAGUCGAGUUGCUGCCCGUGCCUAGAGCCCUCAAGGACUAUGUCCUCAUGAAGGACGUGCUGGAACAUAAGAACGAAAGUGUUGUAUAG